AUGGCCGACCGCAUGGAAAUUGACUCCAGUGACGAUAGCCGCGAGAUGAUUGACGCGAAUCAGCAACUUGAACGCGAACUUCUUCAGUGCCAGAAAGGAUCAUCCCCAACUGCUGCGCAUUCGCGGCGAAUUGCCUCGCUCGGCGUUUCUCCUCAUUACGUGAGUCACUGGACCUCUGCCGAUGCCUUUCGGGAACUAUAUCAGAAUUGGAAGGACGCCAUAUUGGAACGGUUCCAGAUCGAUCGAAUCGCCUUCCGGCCAUACUUCGUCGACGCCUGCGAUCAUUACGCCGUCUUGGUACCAGACCCCGCGGACCCCGAGGGCCGCCGAUCCCUGGGAUUCAUCAAGUAUGACAAAAAGUCCAGUCGGGUCACUUUGGCGAACGCCUGCCUGCAAUUGCCCUUUGAGGCUCUCGAGUUGGGCGUCACGACCAAGAGCGACCAGAACCAACUGGCGGGUUCCCACGGCGACGGACUCAAGCUGGAAAUUGUGGCUCUGUCUCGGGAUGGGUAUAGGUUGCAAGCCGAAGAUAUUGCCGGACUGCGCUUCCACCCCGAGCGAGAUGUGGCCGUGCUCAUCGGCCCUGGACGCACCACCCAGGGUCGGCCGGUGGCACCUGAAGAAUUUCUUGAGUGGCUGCAAAUAUCGUUGGAUAUUCGUGGCCUCGCGUACCCGUCCUCGGUUGUCGAGACAAGCCACGGGGACCUGCUUUUUGACCAAAAUCUCCUUGGUAGGAUUUAUGCCCACGGUGUGCUAAUCUCUGGAACAAACUCGAUUUACCCGUUCAAACUUGGUUAUAACUUUACAGAGGGUAAAUUUAAUCGCGAUCGGCGAUGGCUCAUGGACCGGCAUGGACUGGCAGAGCGAGUGUGCCGGAUCUGGGAGUCCGCCCUUCAAACGCACGAGGACGUCCUUCUUCCGAUAUACGUGAGCCUCCUCCGAAAGACACCAGCGCUGAUGGACGUUAAUCUGGCUGCUGAUUUGCUCUUACCCUCGACGAUAUCCCGCAUCUGGACCUAUUUGCUACACGAGUCCAAGGGUAAGGACUUUUUCUAUUGCGAAACAUCCGGAGCCCAGGUUUGUCGGAAGUCCAAUAUCCGUAUCCCUUGUCACAGGCCAACGCAAAUCUAG